CCGCGUGUGUGAUUGCAGCGGCGCGGAGCUCGAGGUAAAGAGGUGCUGGCGCCGCGGGGCUGGAGACCCAAACAUGGCAGCCCUGGAAGAAAGCUUCCCCCGAGGGGGUACAAGAAAGCCCCACAAAUCAGACAAAGCUUUCCAGCAGUCAGUUGAACAAGACAACUUAUUUGAUAUUUCUACUGAAGAAGAAUCCACCAAAAGGAAGAAGAGCCAGAAAGGGCCAGCAAAAACAAAAAAGUUGAAAAUCGAAAAGAGAGAAAGCAUCAAGUCUGUAAGAGAGAAAUUUGAAAUCCUGAGUGUUGAGUCCCUAUGUGAGGGAAUGCGGAUUUUGGGUUGUGUGAAAGAGGUAAACGAACUGGAACUGGUGAUCAGUCUCCCCAAUGGCCUCCAGGGGUUUGUGCAAGUGACUGAAAUCUCUGAUGCCUAUACCAAAAUGCUGAACGAACAGGUGACCCAAGAAGAACCUCUGAAGGACCUACUCUGCUUGCCUGAACUUUUCUCACCUGGAAUGCUGGUGAGAUGUGUGGUGAGCAGUGUGAGCAUCACAGAGAGGGGCAAAAAGAGUGUCAAGCUAUCUCUGAACCCCCAAAAUGUCAACAGAGUGCUGAGUGCUGAGGCCCUGAAGCCUGGCAUGCUGCUCACAGGCACUGUGUCUAGCCUGGAAGACCAUGGCUACCUAGUAGACAUUGGUGUUGGUGGUACCAGAGCUUUUCUGCCACUGCUGAAAGCCCAGGAGUACAUCCGACAGAAGAACAAAGGUGCCAAACUGAAGGUGGGUCAAUACCUGAACUGCAUCAUUGAAGAGGUGAAGGGCAAUGGAGGAGUUGUCAGUCUGUCUAUAGGUCAUUCAGAGGUUUCUGCAGCCAUUGCUACUGAGGACCAAAACUGGACACUUAAUAACUUGCUACCAGGACUGGUGGUCAAAGCCCAGGUACAGAAGGUGACUCCAUUUGGCCUUAUGCUAAACUUCCUUACAUUCUUCAAAGGCCUGGUUGACUUUAUGCACCAGGAUCCUAAGAAGGCUGGAACAUAUUUCUCAAACCAAGCAGUAAGGGCCUGCAUCCUCUGUGUCCAUCCUCGGACCAAAGUUGUGCGCUUGAGCCUGCGCCCCAUCUUUCUGCAACCUGGGCGCCCGCUCAGUCGGCUCUCUUGCCAGCAUGUUGGAGCUGUGCUGGAUGACAUUCCUGUCCAAGGCUUUUUCAAUAAGGCCGGGGCCACCUUCAGGCUGAAGGAUGGGGCUCUGGCCUAUGCCCGGCUCAGCCAUCUCUCUGACUCUAAGAACAUCUUCAAUCCUGAGUCCUUCAAGCCAGGGAAUACCCACAAGUGUAGAAUUAUUGACUACAGCCAAAUGGAUGGACUGGCUUUGCUCUCUCUGCGGACGUCUAUUAUUGAAGCUCAGUACCUAAGAUAUCAUGACAUCAAACCUGGGGCAGUGGUAAAGGGCACAGUGCUGACCAUAAAGCCAUAUGGAAUGCUGGUGAAGGUGGGCGAGCAAAUGAGGGGCCUAGUACCUCCCAUGCACCUGGCUGACAUCCUGAUGAAGAAUCCGGAGAAGAAGUACCACAUUGGGGAUGAGGUUAAGUGCCGGGUUUUGCUUUGCGAUCCUGAAGCCAAGAAGCUGAUGAUGACCUUGAAGAAAACCCUGGUUGAGUCCAAAUUACCUGCCAUCACCUGCUAUGCCGAUGGCAAGUCUGGUCUGCAGACACAUGGCUUCAUCAUCAGGGUCAAGGAUUAUGGCUGCAUUGUGAAGUUCUACAAUGAUGUGCAGGGACUGGUGCCCAAGCAUGAGCUCAGUGCCCAGUAUAUCCCUGACCCAGAGAGGGUCUUUUAUAUUGGCCAGGUGGUGAAGGUUGUAGUGCUGAACUCUGAGCCGUCCAAGGAGAGGAUGCUCUUAUCCUUCAAGCUGUUGAAUCAUCCAGAAUCAAAGAAAGAGCAUGCCGGACACAGUCAGAAGAAAAGAGGAGGUGUUAAUGUUGGACAGUUGGUGGAUGUGAAGAUUUUAGAGAAGACCAAAGAUGGGCUGGAGGUGGCCAUCCUGCCCUACAAUAUCCCUGCUUUCCUCCCCACGCCUCAUCUAUCGGACCACGUUGCCAAUGGCCCACUGUUACAUCACUGGCUCCAAGCAGGUGACACCCUCCACCGAGUCCUCUGUCUGAGCCAGAGUGAAGGACAUAUUCUUCUUUGCAGGAAGCCAGCUUUAGUCUCCACAGUAGAAGGUGGCCAAGAUCCCAAGAACUUCUCAGAAAUCCAUCCUGGAAUGAUACUCAUUGGUUUCGUGAAGAGCAUCAAGGACUAUGGUGUGUUCAUCCAGUUCCCCUCGGGUCUUAGUGGACUGGCCCCCAAAGCUAUCAUGAGUGACAAAUUCGUGACCUCCACAAGUGACCACUUCAUUGAGGGGCAGACAGUGGUUGCGAAGGUGACCAGUGUGGAUGAGGAGAAGCAGCGGAUGCUGCUGUCACUGCGGCUUUCGGACUGUGCUCUGGGGGACUUGGCCACCACCAGCCUCCUCCUCCUGAGCCAGUGCCUGGAGGAGCUGCAGGGUGUGCGCAGCCUCAUGAGCAACCGAGACUCUGUGUUGCACCAGACGCUGGCUGAGAUGACCCCAGGAAUGUUCCUUGACCUGGCAGUGCAGGAGGUGUUGGAAAAUGGUUCUGUGGUGUUCAGUGGGGGCCCAGUGCCUGGCCUGGUCCUGAGAGCCAGCAGAUAUCAUCGGGCAGGGCAGAAGGUGGAAGCUGGGCAGAAAAAGAAGGUCGUAAUCUUACAUGUUGAUAUGUUGAAGUUGGAAGUGCAUGUUUCUCUUCGCCAGAACUUGGUGAAUAGAAAAGCUAAAACGUUGAAGAAAGGCAGUGAACACCAGGCGAUUGUGCAGCACUUGGAAGAGUCCUUUGCUGUUGCCUCCUUGGUAGAGACCGGCCACCUGGUAGCUUUCUCUCUGACCUCUCAUCUUAAUGACACCUUUCGCUUUGACUCGGAGAAGUUACACGUGGGACAGGGUGUCUCCCUAACCCUCAAGACCACAGAACCUGGAAUGACUGGUCUUCUUUUGGCUGUUGAGGGGCCAGCUGCUAAGAGGACCAUGAGACAGACUCGGAAGGACUCUGAGACAGUUGAUGAGGAUGAGGAAGUGGAUCCAGCUCUGGCUGUAGGGACUGUAAAGAAGCACACCCUGUCCAUCGGGGACAUAGUCACCGGGACUAUCAAGUCCGUUAAGCCCACCCAUGUGGUUGUGACCUUGGAAGAUGGCAUCAUUGGCUGUAUCCAUGCCUCCCACAUUCUAGAUGAUGUUCCAGUGGGCACCUCUCCUACGACCAAGCUGAAAGUUGGGAAGACAGUCACUGCCCGAGUGAUUGGCGGGCGAGACAUGAAGACAUUCAAGUUUCUCCCAAUAAGUCACCCCAGAUUUAUUCGAACCAUCCCGGAGCUGAGCGUUCGGCCAAGUGAAUUGGAGAAGGAUGGCUACACUGCUCUUAACACUCACUCUGUUAGCCCCAUGGAGAAGAUCAAACAGUACCAGGCUGGUCAGACUGUGACUUGCUUCUUAAAGAGGUACAAUGUGGUUAAGAAAUGGCUUGAGGUGGAGAUUGCACCGGAUGUCCGAGGGAGAAUUCCCUUGUUGCUCACUUCUCUCAGCUUCAAGGUUCUGAAGCAUCCAGAUAAGAAGUUCCAGAUUGGCCAGGCCCUGAGGGCCACUGUGGUGGGGCCAGAUUCCUCCAAGGCCUUCUUAUGUCUCUCACUCAUAGGUCCUCACAAGCUUGAGAAAGGGGAAGUGGCCAUGGGCCGGGUGGUGAAGGUGACUCCCAAUGAAGGGCUGACUGUCUCCUUCCCCUUUGGGAAGAUGGGAAGAGUCAGUGUAUUUCAUGUGAGUGACUCCUACUCUGAGAGGCCCCUGGAGGACUUUGUCCCCCAGAAGGUUGUCCGAUGUUAUGUCCUGUCCACUGCAGACCAUGUAUUGACCCUGUCGCUGCGAGCGUCCAGAACAAACCCAGAGACGAAAAGCAGAAUAGAAGAUCCGGAGGUUAACUCCAUCCAGGACAUAAAGGAAGGGCAGCUCCUGCGGGGCUACGUGAGGUCCAUCGAGCUGGAUGGUGUGUUGUUUGGCCUUGGCUCCUCGGUUGUGGGUUUGGCCCAGUACCCACAUGUCUCCCAGUACAGCCCAUCCAAGAAAGCCCUUUAUAACAAAUACCUCCCUGAAGGGAAGCUGCUCACAGCCAAGGUCCUAAGCCUGGACCAGCAGAAGAACCUGGUAGAGCUGUCGUUCCUCCCCAGUGACACUGGGAAGCCGGAUGUAUUUCCUGCCUCCCUGGAACUGCCACUUGUAAAGCCGGAAGAGGGGAAAAUAGAGACCAAGAAGAGAGACCAAAAAGGAAAAGAGGAGAAGAAGAAGAGUCAGAAAAGGAAAGAGCAGAAGAACCAGAAGGGGCAGGAGGAGGGGAAGCUGCGCAGCCAGGAGAGAGAAGCUCCCCAGCAGCCACAGAUGAAGAGGCAGGGCAAGCGGGAGCGCCGGGAGUCGGGAAGUGAACAGGACAGAGGGAACAAGAAGCCAAAGAAAGCUGGCUCGUCAGAGGAGGACGACAGAAGGGUGGAAGUGUACUAUCGGGAAGGAGAGGAGGAGGUAGAGGAGACGAGUGUGCCGCCCAAGGAGAAGCAGACCAAGCCAGCAGAAGCACCACGGCUGCAGCUGUCCUCAGGCUUUGUUUGGAACGUGGGGCUAGAAUCUCUGACCCCGGCCUUGCCACCUCGAGGAGAGAGCUCAGACAGCGAGGAGGACGAGAAACCACACCAGGCCAUGCAGAAAAAGAAGAGCAAGAAGGAAAGGGAGUUGGAGAAACAGAAGGCAGAAAAAGAGCUGUCCCGCAUCGAGGAGGCGCUGAUGGACCCUGGGCGACAGCCAGAGUCAGCAGAUGACUUUGACCGACUCGUGCUAAGCUCCCCCAACAGCUCCAUCCUGUGGCUGCAAUACAUGGUUUUCCACCUGCAGGCCACGGAGAUCGAGAAGGCCCGGGCCGUGGCCGAGAGGGCCCUGAAAACCAUCUCCUUCAGAGAGGAGCAGGAGAAGCUGAACGUGUGGGUGGCACUGCUGAACCUAGAAAACAUGUAUGGCUCUCAGGAGUCCCUGACCAAGGUCUUUGAGCGGGCCGUGCAGUACAAUGAGCCUCUCAAGGUCUUUCUCCAUCUGGCUGACAUCUACACCAAGUCAGAGAAAUUCCAGGAAGCUGGUGAACUCUACAACCGGAUGCUGAAGCGUUUCCGCCAGGAGAAAGCUGUCUGGAUCAAAUAUGGCGCCUUUCUCCUGCGGAGGGGCCAGGCUGGGGCCAGUCACCGCCUGCUGCAGCGUGCCCUCGAGUGCCUGCCUAAAAAGGAGCAUGUGGAUGUGAUUGCCAAGUUUGCCCAGCUUGAGUUCCAGCUGGGAGAUGCAGAGCGGGCCAAAGCCAUUUUUGAAAACACGCUGAGCAUCUACCCAAAGCGCACAGAUGUCUGGUCAGUCUACAUUGACAUGACCAUCAAGCAUGGCAGCCAGAAGGAUGUCAGGGACAUCUUUGAGCGUGUCAUUCAUCUGAGCCUGGCCCCCAAGAGAAUGAAGUUCUUCUUCAAGCGCUACCUAGACUAUGAGAAGCAACAUGGCACUGAGAAGGACGUGCAGGCAGUCAAGGCAAAGGCCCUGGAAUACGUGGAGGCCAGGAGCUCAGUGCUGGAGGACUAGUGGCAGUGACUAGUGCCCCGCCAGACACUGUCAGCAGUGGGUUGGCCAGCCCCGCCUCAGGCGCCUGGGCACUUGGAAAACCCUGUUGCCGGAGGACUCUAUUUAAGUGCUGCUUUUUCUGCAGCAUCCUUUGAGUAAUCCUGUCAGGAUGAAGAAUUUGAGAUUACUUUUAAUUCC